AUGUCGUUCUUUACAAAUACCCCUCGCCGCGGUAGACGUGAUGCCGACUCCGAGCUCUAUUCCCGGCCGCGCACACAGGCCACCGAUCUGCCCAAAGAAUCUUCUGUGACUCUUCUGAAUAUCAUGAAGCUCAAUUCAGGGUCUAGCCUUACGGUCUGGGGCAAUGAGAUCCUUCAUGUCUUGCGACCUCUCAAGCUCGAUGCACUCGUAGCCAGUGAUCUUCCAAGGCCCCUCCCAGGAGACGCCGACUACAGCAAAUGGAAGUUCUGGACUCUUGUCGUUGCUGAAUGGCUGUUCAAUCAGGUGGAUAAAUUGCUUCAAUACAAAGUGAAGGCACACUCAAACGAACUUGCUUUCGCCGAUGAAAUAUUCAAUGCAAUCAAGCUUCUGAGCCUGCACAGCCAGUCCGCUUUUCUUGCAAACGAGUUGAAGCGGUGGGAAGACCUCAACCGAGAUGAUUUCUCUACGUCCGCGGAUUUCAUCAUGGCCUAUCAAAACCAGUACAAUCGUCUGAAAACAGAGAACCAUGCGCCUUCUUGUGAUUUCGCACUUGGUAGACUUCUGCAAGAGCUGCACGGAGAAGUGAUGAAGGUCCCGUUCAUUCAGGAAGAGGUGAAAGAUUUGGGGCGACCUGUGGACUACCAACUCUUCAUUUACUACUGCAAAGUGUUGAUCGACGAGUCCCGCAAGCUGAAUGUCUCGGCCGGUCCUUCUGCGUCUGAAGAUGCCAGUGUGGGUGUUUAUGGAGAAUUUAGAGCCCGAAGCCCAAGCCGUGGACGUGACAUCUCCUACCGCAGCUGGAGAAAAAGCACCAAGGGACGCGGCCCGGCAUGGGAGUAA